AUGUUUUGGUCAGUAUGGGCAGUAUGGACUGUUCUAUGUCAUUCCGUCUCAGCAGAAAAAGUUAUCAGCUUAGUGGGCAAUGACUGGACUGUAUCUAACAGCAACGGGAGCAUCUCUGUUCCUGGCCACUUACCUUCACAGGCACACCUUGAUCUCUACGCCCAGGACGUGAUUGGAGAUCCGUACUAUAACCUCAACGACUUCGAGCUGAGAUGGGUGGCCUACUCCAACUGGACUUACACCUCAGCGCCAAUCUCGGGCCUCUCAGACGAUGCAAGCAGCACCUGGCUCCGCUUCGACGGCCUGGAUACGUUUGCCACGAUCAAGUUCUGCGGAGAGUACGUGGCAAGCACAAACAACCAGUUCCGGCAGUGGCACUACGAUGUGUCGGACAUCCUCAGCUCCUGCAGCGAGUCUCACAGGAUCAUCACUCUCGACUUUGGUUCAGCGCCGAAAAUAGCGAACCAGAUCGCGAACGAGCCUGGGCAGGAGACGUGGCCAUUUGGAGUCGAGCUGGUCUAUGAAUUCUUCAAUCGAUGGUUCAUUCGAAAGGAACAGAGCGACUUUGGCUGGGAUUGGGGGCCCGCAUUCGCUCCAGCCGGACCGUGGCAACCUGCUUAUGUCGUGCAGCUUGACGAGGAUGACAUUCAUAUCAGGAACACUGACAUCGACAUCUACCGACGCGGCCAGACCAAUGGCAUACCGCCCGAUCAAAGUCAGCCUUGGGUUGUGAACGCGAGCUUGGACUACUUUGGAGACCUCCCUGAAGGUGCCAGGCUGCACUAUGUUCUGAAGGAUGCAGAAGAAAAGACGAUCUGUUCAGGCCAGCUUGAGAGCGUGAACACCACUGGAUCUACAGUCACUGGUAUGGUCUCUGUCGAUGACAGCGAGGUAGAUCUCUGGUGGCCAUCUCAGCUUGGGCCGCAAACACUGUACUGGAUGACCGUCGAUGUGUAUUCACCAGCCGGGAAGUAUUUGACAUGUGUCACGAAGAGGGUCGGGUUCCGCACCAUCGUGCUGAAUCAGACGCCCAUCUCAGACGAACAACGAGCGCUCGGCAUCGCGCCAGGCAAUAACUGGCACUUCGAGGUCAACGGCCACGAAUUCUACGCCAAAGGGUCCAACUUCAUCCCACCAGAUGCAUUUUGGCCUAGGGUCACUCCUCACCGUAUCAACCAGCUGUUCGAGUCUGUGAUCGAUGGGAACCAGAACAUGCUUCGAGUCUGGGCGAGCGGUGCAUACAGUCCUGACUUCAUGUUCGAUAUUGCAGACGAAAAGGGUAUCUUACUCUGGUCCGAGUUCGAGUUCGGCGAUGCACUCUACCCGGUCAACCCAGCCUUCCUCAACAACGUGCGAGAAGAAGCAGAAUACCAAGUCCGCCGCUGCAAUCACCACCCCUCCCUCGCUCUCUGGGCCGGCGGCAACGAACUCGAAUCCCUCGAACUCAUCCUCCUCAACGACUCCGCACCCGAACAGCUUCCAAAAUACAAAGCACAGUACGAGAAACUCUUCAUCGACACCCUCGCCCCCGUCGUCUUCCGCAACAGCAAGAGCAUCUCCUACACCCCCAGCUCCACCAGCAACGGCUACACAAACCUCAACGUCAGCAGUCCGCACCCCAUCACCCAACGCUUCUAUGAUGUGAAGCCGGGGCAUUACUACUCUGAUACCGAUUUUUACAAUUACGAUCCCGCGGUUCUUGGCAACAAUAGCGCAUAUCCUGUCGGACGCUUCUCCAAUGAAUUCGGCUACCACAGCAUGCCCUCCCUCCAAAGCUGGCGCUCUCAAGUCUCCGAAGACCAGCUCUCCUUCAACAGCUCGGUCGUCUUCCUACGAGACCACCACAACCCGCCCGGCGGCCUUAACACGUCAAACUACCGGAAUGCGUCUGCAGGACAGGCGCAGAUGACCGAAGCAGUGCAGCUUUGGUACCCUGUUCCAGACAAGAAAGACCCAAUCGCCAACUUCAGCGCCUGGUGCCACGCCACGCAAAUCUUCCAGGCGGAUCUCUAUAAAAGCGAGAUCGAGUUCUACCGUCGCGGCAGCGGGUGGCCAGAACGUCAGCUCGGAAGUCUGUACUGGCAACUCGAAGACAUCUGGGUCGCCCCCACCUGGGCCGGAAUCGAGUACUCCGGCCGCUGGAAAAUCCUGCACUACAUUGCGCAGGACAUCUACUCCCGCGUCAUCAUCGCUCCAUAUUAUAAUUCCAGCACCUCCCAGCUCACAGCAAGCAUAACCUCCGACCUCUGGACCCCCGUCUCCGGGACCGCGGAGUUCAGCUGGUACGACUGGGCCGGCCACCCCCUAGACACAGCCACGCCUGCCUCCGUCCCCUUCACUGUCGGAGCGAUAAACAGCACGGAGGUACUAGACGUGAACCUCUCGUCCACGCUCUCCGACUUCGAACCCAACGACGCCGUGCUCCGCAUGACGCUCACCGCCUCCGGCACGCUCCCGAACUCCGACGUCAAGCAGACGUUUACACACGAGAAUUGGUUCGCAGCCUCCCCUCUCAAAAAUGCUCAACUCCGGGAUCCAGGGCUGGAGUUAUCCUUCUCCAAUUCCACCCAAUCGUUCAAUGUGACCGCGACGAGAGGGGUGGCGGCGUGGGUAUGGCUCGACUACCCCGCUGGGGCGGUGGUGACGUUUGACAGUAAUGGCUUUUGGUUGGCAAAGGGGGAAAGUAGGGUGGUGGGGUUUAAGGUCAAAUCGGACGAUACGGGUGGUGCAUGGAUUGACGGGGUGACGGUGGAGAGCAUAUGGAACCAGACGCUUUCGUGA